UGAAACAAUUGAAAAAUUAAUUAUAUUUAAAUCUCCUUAGUAAUUUGAUUCUCAAUUGCAUUGUUUUUCGUUUUCAUUUUUUUUUUUUUAUUGUAUAUUUAUUGUAAAAGUGAGAAAUUAUUGUUCACGGUACUCAAUAAUAUCUGAGAAUAUUGUUAUUUUGUUAUUACAGAGAAAAAAAAAAAGAAAAGAAAGAAAAGAGAAAGAAAGAAAGAAAGAAAGAAAAAUAUGAAAUGAUAAUUAAGUUAAUUAAAAAAAAAAAAAAAGAAAAAAGUGAGAGAGAACUGUGAUUUUUAUAGUCUUGACUCUUCUUGUAGAAAUUUCUGUAGUCAAAGUUUUCAAGACAUUUUACAAAGUUGUGAUGUAUACAAAAGAAAAAUAAAAACAUAUGUACCUACUCUUCAAGACUGAGUGAACUCAAAGAAGUAUGUCCUUUAUAUAUCUAUGACUCAUUGUGAUCUAAUUCUAACCUCAAAAUAAAUGUCAAACGUUAAUUCAAGAAAGAAAUAGAAGAUUCAAAGUUAAAUAAUGGAUGUCACUAAAUCACCGAUGGACAAUCUGUUCAACAUGUUAUCCGGAUUUAAUGCGAGCCACGAGAAAGCUUUAAAACAGGGUAUUUAUAAUGCGGUAGCACUUUUUUUAUUGUCCUUGGUGCUUGCCGCAGGAUAUGGAUUAUACAUUGUAUUAAGCCCAUUUUUAAAACCACUCAUUUGGGCCUUGUUAUGCGGUGCUGUACUAUUUCCAUUUAAAUAUUCUUUAACGACAAGAGGAAAAUCAUGGUUCGAUAAGACAGAAUCAACUAACAAACCUUUGUUUUUGAACAUUAUAAUAUUACCCCUUCAUAUAAUAGAUAAUACAGCAGAAACGUUGGGUACUGCAUUAUGGGAUUACAUAAAAUAUAUUGUUGGUAUUAUUUCAAUGGCGUGUAUAACUAUGGCAAUUUAUAGUUAUACGCCUAAUAUAUUGUCUUGCCUAAUAUGGCAGAUAUUUAACGCUUUUAGCAUUAUCUUUGGCUUUUUCAUAUCAACUUGUAAUAUUUAUAUGAUUACUAUUCUAUUAAUUGGUUAUUUAUCCGUAUUAUACAUUUAUUGGUCACACGAGAAUUCGAAACAUUUUCGUUAUACAUCAUUCGUCUUAUGGUUCAUGAUAAGUUUGUAUAUUUCAAAUAUACUCGGUGCAUAUCAAAUAUUGAUAUUCAUCACAUUGCAAGUUUUGUAUUUGAUCGGAUUUAUAUAUGAAGUAUUAUUAAUUAUGGAAGCUCAAGAAAUAGAAGGUCAUCAAAUAAAACUUACAGAAGCUAUUUGUUUUGUAAUGACUAAUAGUACAUAUCCAAAAUGGGAAGAGGGUACGAUUAUUGAUAAAAAAAGGAUUGAUGAUACCAAAGAAGAUGUUAACAAAACUAUUAUGGAAAGAAGUAUACCUACAAUGUCGGACAAAAUAAUGAAUAAAUCAAUGUCGUUAGAUUCGGAUGCAGGAGGUGUGCUUUAUUCAAAGAUCGAACAAGAGAAAACUAAAUCUAUGUCUAAUAUAACUUCUAAUACCAGUCAUACUGCACAAGAGCGUUUCUUUUUAAGAAAAUUAAAAACAGAAUUACGAAUGUCUUUAGAUAUCGAGGAAGACAAAGUCGACACGGAUAAAUAUAUGUAUGGUGCACUUUACGCAUGCAUCGGAAUGAUAUUAUGGAAGCACAAAUGGAUAAUACAAUUAUUAAUCAUUCCUAUAGCAUAUUAUUUUGCUAAAAAACUUGGCAGUUAUUUCGGUUUAUGGAAAUUAAUAUGCAAACAAUGUAAGUACGUUGUAGGAAUUAUUAAAGAUUGGUCUAAAGAAAGAAAUCAAGCACUUUUACCAGCCAAUGUUAGAGGAUUGUAUAAAGUUGCUAUAAUUGUUGACGAAAAGUUACAAAAAGCAUUGGUAGGAUCUAUCGAUGCAGUAGCAACAACUGCUGUUAUAGUUGGAUUAUUAGUAUUCACCAUUUGCACAUCAAUAUUUAUAACAAUACAGGUAUAUGCAGAGGGUAUGCAUUUAAUUCAAGUAACAGCUGAAAUUGUUAAUUCUUCAUUAAUAAAUAAUCCAGAUAUAGAUUGGGUACCUCAAGAAUGGGAAGAAUCUGUUAAUAGCGUAUUGGAUAAUGCAUAUACUUAUGGAAGAAGUGCUAUUUCUGAUGGGAUAAGGAAACUUGUUAAAGAUUUAGAUUCUGCUAAGACUGAACAAAUGGAGACUAAAGUUUUAGAACUUUGGGAUAGAUUUUAUCAAGCAUGGAUGAUGUCCAACGAGAAACCAGAUUUAAUUGGACCGACGGUUGACUCAGCUGCGGUUUAUUCCGUAUGGGAAAAUUUCAGAGAUAAUUAUGGAUCUUUUCCUUUUCAUAUGUUCGAUGUAACCGGAAUACAAAACUUUGCUAAAGAAAAUGUUGGAAUUCUUAUGUCUUUAUUAGAUUCUGUUUGGAAUAUAGUUAAGGGUAACAUGUCUGUGAUACUUACUGUUUUUACUGAAUUAUUUUAUAUUAUUCUUACGAGUGGAACUGCAGUAUUAAAUUUUAUACUCAGCAUGAUUGUUUUUUUUACCACAUUGUUUUAUCUAUUAAACUCCAGUGGUAAAACGUAUAAACCCAUCGAAUUAACCACGUUAUUUAGUCCUAUUAAUUGCGACAGAUUUGCCGUAGCACUUCAAAAAGCUGUUAUCGGUGUAUUUGCAGCUACGUUCAAACUUGCCACAUUUUUUGGAAUGUGGACAUGGUUCGUGCACAAUUUGUUUCAAGUUAAAAUAAUAUAUUUACCAUCGGCAUUUGCUACGGUCUUAGGUGCAGUACCAUUUUUGGAUGCAUACAUUGCUUGUAUUCCAGCAACUUUAGAACUUUGGUUUACACGUGGGCCUACGAUAGCUAUCCCUUUCUUUAUGUUCCAUUUCUUACCAUGUAAUAUCGUGGUAACGGAAUUUUAUAAAGAAAUAAAAGGCGGUGGUCAUCCAUAUCUUACCGGUUUGUCCAUAGCCGGUGGAAUAUUUUGUCUUGGCGUUGAAGGUGCUAUUUUUGGACCAUUACUUCUCUGUUGCAUCAUGGUGGUAAUUAAUUUGAGUCGUCAUUAUCUUAAUUCACCGUCCAUGGAAAUGAUUAAGACAUCUCAACAAAUGUCUUCUUAAUUUCAAUGAUUAUUCAUUAUUUCAAAUGAUAUUUUGAAA